CAUCACACAGAUGUCUCAACAGAGGUGUGACACUAUUCCACGUGUUCCACUUUGUGCUUGUGAAGCAGGUGUUAUGAGCGCAGUGGAGUCGAGUCUUUUCACUGAUGACCAGGGCUUUAUGUGAGCACUGAGUGAAAUGGUUGUGGGAAGACAGGAAACGCUGGAUAGCUCAGGUGUGGUGAGCAUGUUGAUCAGAGAGAAGAAGCCCAAACUGGAGGUUUCUGCUAAACCUGCUCCGUUCAUCCAUCAGGAGAUGUUGAGCAUCUUGUCUACGGUCGUAGCUAACCGGAUGAAGUAUGUUUCUCUUGGGGUUUUGAUGCUCCAGACCACCUUGCUGGUCCUCACCAUGCGCUACUCACGCACUCUGCAUUCCGAUGGGCCGCGAUACCUCGCCUCGUCCGCCGUCUUGUUCGCAGAGGUCCUCAAGAUCCUCAUCUGCGCUCUGCUCAUCUUCGGCUAUAACGGUUUUGGUGUUCAAGGCCUGUAUCAGGAGCUGAAGAAGGAGAUCGUUCACAAACCCUCAGAGACAAUGAAGCUGGUGAUCCCCUCAGGCAUCUACACACUGCAGAACAACCUGCUCUACCUGGCGCUGACCAACCUGGAUGCUGCUACAUACCAGAUAACGUAUCAGAUGAAGAUCCUCACCACGGCUCUUUUCUCCGUCUGCAUGCUGGGGAAGAGACUCUGCGUCUUUCAGUGGCUCUCGUUGGUCAUUCUAAUGACAGGAAUCGCUUUCGUACAGUGGCCAUCUCCCUCCAGCUCUGAGGAGAAGGAGAAGGAUCCGAGUUCACAGUUAAUCGGCAUGCUCGCCAUUCUGUUCGCCUGCUUCUCCAGCGGCUUUGCUGGCAUUUACUUUGAGAAGAUCCUCAAAGAAACCAAGCAGAGCGUCUUGAUCCGCAACAUUCAGCUGGGCUUGUUUGGUCUAUUCUUCGGUCUAAUCGGAGUGUUUGCGCAGGAUGGGGAUAAGGUCCAGGAGAACGGGAUGUUGCAGGGAUAUAACAACGUGACCUGGGCUGUGGUGAUUCUGCAGGCUAUGGGUGGCUUGAUCGUCGCAGCGGUCAUCAAGUAUGCAGAUAACAUCCUAAAGGGCUUCGCUACGUCCGGCUCCAUCAUCUUAUCCACUACCAUCUCCUACUUCUGGCUGCAUGACUUUAGUCCUUCUGGUUUGUUCUUCGUGGGUGCCGGGCUGGUCAUCGCAGCCACGUUUCUCUACGGACACGACUGGAAAUCCGGUAGGACGAGGGACGCGGUCUGAGUGACGUGGUGAUGGAGCCGAUGGAGAACCUCGACGUAAAAGCGUGCACGAAGAUCGAAGGUGUUAUGAUAUAAGUAUGACACAGUGUCGCUCGUCUCCACUCGGAGGACGAUGGAACAGAGACGAGACUGCACAGUAUUAAAGACUCUAUGUAUUAUAUUUCUGAUCCUCAUAAACGUCUCACUCGCUUAAGGUCACUGGUGAAUUGUGAAAGGUUUCCUGAGGAACUGUAUGUUCAUCAUCUGCCUACAUAAACAUGGUCAAUCUAAAGGUCAAGUUGUGUACAGUAAUAAAAGCCUGUUGUUUAAGA